UAUGCCCAAAUUUCUCAAAUCAGAAACUGCCCUCCCCCCCCCAAAAAAAAAAAAAGAAAAAAACCAACACCCGGGGAAAAAAAAAAAAAUCGCUUCCCAGUCGAUUAUUUUAUUCGACCACCGGACAGACAUCGCACAUAUUUUUUUCCCUCCCUUUUUAUAUAUUUUUAGCUUGAUUUUUUUGUAUAUUUAUUAUUGCCCGGAGGCGAAAAAUAUAUAUUCCGUCACCGGCGGCGAUGCCAACCCCGGUAAGCAUCGCCAGACAAUGCCUGACGGCGGAGGCGGCCCACGCGCUGGACGAGGCGGUGGCUGUGGCGCGGCGGAGGGGCCAUGCUCAGACGACUUCGCUGCACGCCGUGUCGGCGCUCCUCUCCCUCCCGUCGUCGGUGCUCCGUGAGGCCUGCGCCCGAGCGCGCGGGAGUGGGCCCCCGUACCCGUCCCGGCUCCAGUUCAAGGCGCUGGAGCUCUGCCUCAGCGUGUCCCUUGACCGGGUGCCCUCCGGGCAGCUCACCGACGACCCCCCGGUGUCGAACGCCCUCAUGGCCGCGAUAAAGCGGUCGCAGGCCAAUCAGAGGCGGCAGCCGGAGAACUUCCACUUGUAUCACCAGUUGUCGAGUCAGUCUUCCAUUAAUAACACCAUCAAGGUGGAGCUGCAGCAGCUGAUCAUCUCCAUCCUCGACGACCCGGGUGUGAGCCGGGUCUUCGGGGAAGCCGGCUUCCGGAGCUCCGAGAUCAAACUGGCCAUCCUCCGCCCCCUUCCUCACCUCCUACGAUACACCGGCCGGCCCCGGGGCCCGCCGCUGUUCCUCUGCAGCCUGGAUCCGGACCCGGAUCCCGGCCAGGGCCGGGUCAGGUUCCCGUUCUCCGUCCUGCCGGGGUUCUUACACGGCAGUGGGGACGCGAACUGCCGCCGGAUAGGGGAGGUCCUCCUCGGGAGGAGCGGUGGGCGGUGCAACCCCUUGCUCGUCGGUGCCUGCGCUCCCGGGGCUCUCAAAGAAUUCGUCGAAACCCUCGGGAAGAAGAGCAGAGCUAAACCCGAAGCCAUCGUUCCGCCGGAGCUCUCCAGGUUCACCGUGAUGGACAUCGAGAGCAGUAUAUCUGAAGGCUCUGUUGACGAGAGGCUCGACGAAGCGGUCUGUAUGGUGACUUCCCAGCCUCAUGGGGAAGCUUUGGUGGUGAGCUUCGGCGACCUGAAGUCCUUUCUCGGCUGUGAAUCGGGCAACUCGAUGAGUGAUCUAGUUAUCAGCAACAUCGUGGCGAGGCUGACGAGGCUGCUGGAGUCUCACCGCGGGAAGGUGAGGCUGAUCGGUUCUGCGGCCAGCAACGAGACAUACUCAAAGUUUGUGGGCAAGUUUCCGGUGGUGGAGAAAGAGUGGGAUCUUCAGGUUCUGCCCAUCACUACCGUCCGACCCUCCAUGGCGGAAUCGUGCCCUCGGUCCAGCUUGAUGGAAUCGUUCGUUCCUUUUGCGGGAUUCUUCUCUUCUUGUGGCGAAUACAACGGUCAAGUUCUGAGCAGCAGUCCAUAUCAGUGUCCAUCCCAGUGUAACCUCUGCACCGAGAAGAAAAGUGAAAGAGAAACAAUUCAAAUUUCCAAAUCGGGGCUUGCUGCUUCCGUAGCCGAUCAGUACCAGUAUAGCUUGCCUUCAUGGUUGCGGAUGACUGAGCUCGGCUCAAGUGUAAAGGCAAAAGAUGAUAGAGUUGCAAUGAGCACAACCGUCACGGGCCUGCAGAAUGAAUGGGGUGAUAAAUUUCAGCAUGCUCAUCGGGGUCCACAGUUUCCUGUAUCGAACAAUCAUCGCAUGGAUUCUCAAGUUAAAACUAUCAUGGGCUUCCUUCCUUCUGAGGAGAGAAGCGAGAGAAUCAAUGAUCAGAGCAUUAAUGGGGCACGAUGUAAAAGCAUAAACUCAUCUCUAUCCGCAGACACGCCGAAGAUCUCUCGUCCUCAACUUUCUGUUAGUCUUCCUCAGGUUGCUCCUGCUACCGACUCUAGUAGGAAGGAAAGUUUCUUGACAAAAUUAUGGGAGAAAUCUUCGAAGCCUGAGGAUAUGGAUUCAGGCCUGAUGAGAUGCGGGUCCAACUCGAGCGUAGACGAUGGGUGCAGAGCUUCUCCUUCCUCGGUGACCUCCAGGAACACUAACAUGGGCCAGAGAAUACACUCCGAACCUGAAAUUCAGAGAUUGGAGAAGCUACCAACUCAAACACAUAGCUCUGUUCCUGACAUUUCCGAGCAAUUCUUCAGUGAUGAUUUCAAGGCUAUUUUCAAAGAUAUCAGGGAGAAGGUGGGAAGGCAGCAAGAGGCUAUAAGUCGAAUAAGCCAAAUGGUCGCCAGCUUCAGGGCAAGAAAUUUUGGGACUCGUCAUCAGAUGAGCACCAGAGGGGAUUUUUGGCUCACUUUCCUUGGUCCUGACAGAAUGGGGAAAUGGAAAGUUGCUGUUUCCCUCUGCGAAAUCCUUUAUGGGAACCGGGAGCACCUUAUACACAUCGAUCUCAGUUCCCUGCCUGACGAUCUGAACCACAGAGGGAAGACUCCGGUGGACAUAAUUGCUGGGGAGCUGAGCAAAAAACCUGUAUGUGUUGUAUUCCUGGAGAAUGUGGACAGGGCUGAUGAGCAGGUCCAGAGCAGCCUCCUGCAGGCUAUUUUGACUGGAAAGUUCUCGGAUUCCCGUGGUAGGGAGAUUGGAGUACAUCGGGCGAUUUUUGUGGCAACCUUGAGUUUCUUGAAAUCCAACCAAAUUCUACACUCUCACGAAUUGGAUGGAACCGCCAGUAGAUUCUCUGAGGAAAGAGUGCUCGAAGCUAAAGGGUGGCCGAUGAAAAUACUAGUCAAGCAUGCCAAUGACAAUGUAAUUAAUGCCUCGAGUCCUAUACAUGUGAACAAGAGGAAGCUCAUGGGUCUGGAUGAGGAUGAAGCAUCGUCUGAGACUCUGGAAAUGGUUAACAAGCGGAUUUAUAGGAUAUCGAGCAAAGAUCUCGAUCUGAAUCUCCCAGCAGAAAAUGAUGAACCACAAGACUCUGACGAGUGUAGCAUGGAGUGUGAUGUCUGUGAUAACUCCAAAGCAUGGCUGCUUGAUUUCAUAGACCGCACAGAUGCUACUGUGGUUUUUAAGCCUUAUGAUUUCGAUUCUCUCGCAGAGAGGAUAUUGAAGGAGAUCAGAGAGUGUUUCCGUCAAACUGUUGGGUUGGAAUGCUUGAUAGAGAUCGAACCAAAAGUGAUGGAGCAGUUGCUUUCAGCCAUUUACACGUCCGACGGUGAUGAUAAGCAGUUAAAGGACUGGAUGGCCAAUGUUCUGAGCCGGGAAUUUGCCCAGCUCCAGAGGCGGUACGAGCUUACUGACCGUACAACAGUAAGUCUUCUCGCCUGUUGUGAAGAUGUGUCGAUGGAAGAGCAAGUGUCAGGGAGUUGCCUGCCUUGCAAAAUAUUUGUAAACUUAUGUAGUGAUAGGGAUGUACAUGUACAUCGAUCCCUCGAAUAGGUUUUUGGCUCCUCUACGUUACGACUAGGUCUGUGUUAGGUCCGGGGUCCUAAUUUCAAGUACAUAGAUCAUAGGAUGGCUUGUUUGGGAAUGUGAAUUCUUAGUUUUGUCGAUCGGGUCCGUAUGUUCGUUAGGUUUGUGGUUGUGUGUAUAAUCUGCAGCUAGGGCAUCUGUAUCUUCAGCUUACUCCAAGGAAUUGGUCGUCUUGCCUAGUUCUAUCAUUUUUUGUGUAUCAGAUUUUGUCUUGUCUAGUUCUA